CGUCUGCCUAGGGUCGCGACGUCCUCGCCUCCACGUAGCACCGAGAAUAUCGCGUGCCCCACACCGCUCCGUGUGUACGCGAUCGAACGACCGGACGGCCGACGACGACGUCACCGUCGACGACGUCCCCGACGAGAGGGACGCCAGUAAAUCGCAACGCACCGAUCUAUCGCGAUCGAUAGAUCAGAGCCACGUGACUGAUCGCCGCGAGCAUCCUUCCUCUCCGCGUCUCGGCGAUCGACUGGUCCGGGGGAAGUUUGAGGGAAUCCUCGGGUGUUCCGGGGUGACCUGAGAGAAUUCUCAGAAUUCUCCUAGGAUCCUUGAGAGUCCUUGGAGAAGUUUGCGAGAUAAGUCGGGGACUUUGCCAACACUCCGGGAAGCAACCCGGAGCGUCUGAGAUAUCUCGCGAAAGUUUAAGGAGACAUAAGAAAGCUUGCAGAUUUUUGGAUAAGUUUACGAGAUGGCGAAUUAGUUUGUAAAAAGCUUGAAAGCUCGCAAGUUUUUUACGGAAGUAGAUCUCGAAAUUUUGGAGACGUGUGGAGCAGCAGUUGGAAAGUGUUUGGGACAUUAUCGAGAGCCACUGAAAACUCCGACAAGUUUUCAAGAAUCUCCAGAGAUCCUCUGCAGCGGGGAUCGGAAAUUCUUUAGCAAUCUGCGAAAAUUUCUACAAAAGAUCUAACGCGAUUUCAGUUUCAGCUUUCGAGGAUCGUGUUCCAAGGUUACCGGAAUAACUUUUUGCGUCGCGUAAGAUUUUUGGUCACGUGGCCGGAGAGUUUCAAAACUUUCGAGGAUCUAUCCUGAAAGUGUGCGUCGUGUCAAGGGAAGGACUUUUCUUAGUUCGCCGCUAUUUUUAUAAGAUUUGAAGGAAGACUAUCCGAUCCGAGUAAAAUUGAAUAACAAUGAGAUUAAUAAAGAGUUAACUCAUCUGGUGUCCUCUCGCGCGUCUUACGAUCUAUCAAUCCAUUAUCGAGGAUCGCAAAUUCUCAGCAGAUGAGUGUUUCUCCAGGACUUUGAAUCUUUACCGAAGGAUAUUUUCACUCCGCGGUUCGAGGACCUUAAAGUGAAAGGCCUUGACGUUUAAAGGGCUUUUGGUUAUCUCGCCCCGUCAUGACUUCGAAGAGUUCUGUUUGAAUAGUCCUGAAUACAGUAAGAACGACAUAAGUGGAAUUAUCGAAGACCAAUAAAGCCUUGAAGUUGAUCGAUCUGCAGCCCAAUAUUUUUGAGGAAUCGGUGGAUUCAAUUCAGCGACGUGGGGGACAGAGGGUAGAUGGAUCUAUUUUGAUAUCUGACAGAAUUGUUCUUUCCACUGCAGUAAUUUCGCACCGAGCUAAGGAUCGAUUUCGGGACUGAGUGCGUGGAUCGUGCAUGUCCGAAGUCGGCGAUUCGCAAAUCACGGCGAUGAAGAUGAGCAAAGUGGGCAACCAGACUAAUUCGCAGGACCCACAGGCGGUGAAUUCACGCGUUUUCGUCGGGAACCUAAAUACAUUUCAAUGUAGCAAGACCGAUGUGGAACGAAUGUUCCAACGCUACGGCCGCUUGGCCGGUAUUUCUAUGCACAAGGGUUAUGCAUUCGUGCAGUUCACAAAUCCGUUUGACGCACGCAGUGCGUGUCUCGGUGAAGAUGGUCGCACCGUCCUCAGCCAGAUUCUCGAUGUGAACAUGGUGGCCGAGCCAAAGCCCCACCAAACUGGACGCAAGCGACAGAACGUCUCCAAAACUGGCAAUGACUGGGACUACUACUAUGACAGUUACUACGCGUCGACCGCAUUUCCGCCGCGUUUAGCACCGCCGUUGAAGCGGCCGCGUUUGAUGCCACCGACACGAGCACAGCAUCCGAAGCUACAGAAACAACAAUCGGCGGUAAAUACCGGCACGAUACCCGACUUGAAUCAACUUAAAGUGUACAGCAAUCCAGAUAUACUGAUCUGCGGCAACUGCAGGGAGAUGUUCACGGAACUCGGGGAGCUGUUGGAGCACAAGCGGAACUACUGCAAGCUGCGGUUCACAUGUAAAUGUCACACCUUCAACGGAGCCGCCCCAAGAGACUCGACGACGGCGUUGCUCUGCGUCCUCUGCAAGUUAUCCUUUCCAAGUGCUUGGGAAUUGAUGGUCCAUGCCCAGGCAGCUCACAUGAUCAACAUUUACGAGCUGGGCACAAGAGCGCCGAGCCCGUCACGGAGCCCAAGUCUUGACCAGCCGAAGGAGUCGUCGCCUUCCCCGCAAGAUUUCCAGGAAAUCAAGGCUACGGAUUGCGAAGAGCGCGCGGAGGAGGAGGAACUUGAUGGACACGAGUUAAUACCGUCCCCCGACAGUGGCAAGUCAACGGACAACGAAGCGGCUCUGUCGCCGAUCAAGAUUCGAUCUGACGUUAACGGGUUGGAUCACGAGGACUGCGACGAAUUGAUUCACGUCGAGAACACAACGCAGGCGUGCAUUAUGCAUACUCUCAGCAUUGACUCGUCCUUGGAGCUGAAUUCUGACACGAACUCGAGGACAACUUCCGGAACGGUGAUGGCCUUGACCAAUGGUUCAUUAUCGGCGAAGGAAUAAAC